AUGAUUGAUGAUUUAGAUAAGCAAUAAGAAGAUGAUUGCAUGAAUUAAUAUUGUAGAAACGAAUAAACAUAAGUUUGGCCAGCUAAAUUCAGCAAUUAAACUCUGUUUUUCUGUUAAGAAUGUUUAAAUUUAUAUAAUGAAAAGAAGUGCUGUUAUUUUUGUGCAUAAGUUUAUUCUGAUGACAAUUAAAAUUUUUUGGAUGGUCAGAAAUGGAUAGGCUGUGAUCAGGAUGGAUGUGAAAAAUGGUUUAGACUCAUUUAUAAUGUGAAUCAAAAAAUGGUAUUUCCUAAAUUGACACCUUGGUGGAAGAUACUAAAUAUAAAUAUAUUUGAUUAAAAACAAAGAUUUUCAAAAGCCCCUUGCAGAAUAAUGAACAAAAAGGCUCUCAAGUAUUUAGAAAAGAUGAAUCGAAGACAGAAUAACCCAAAUGAAUAGACAUAACAUAAUAUUUAAGCUAAUGUGCAAUAGUUUUAUUAUUGUCCAUCUGCAUCAAGUAAGCAAUCUUAUCUUGAGGAAUUACUUAAGAAAAACGGUGGAUUUUGUUAGUAGGCUACAUAAGAGGAAAUCUAAGUAGAUCUUUAAAAAAUGAUGUCUUUAAUGAAAUAAUGAAUAAAUAUGUAUAUACUUUAUUUUUAUGUUAUUACUCAUAUA